UGAGGCAUGAAUAUGAUGGUAUUAUUUAUUGUCCAGUUAAAAAUGUUCAAUGUAUUUUGAUGUGUUAAUAAAAUUUGCACGAGAAAGCAUGUAGAUCUAAGUAGACUGGCAAAAGUCGAGUGAAAAUCGUGGUACCCUUAGCAAUUAUCUCUCCCAAAUACACUUUACUGUAAAGGGAGACCACUACCCGCAGUGGAUUUCGCUGAUGAUUGACGCCCGUUAAAUACGUCACGUAAUUGUAGACGUCACGACACAGUAACUGCGUCUAAGCAACCAGUCUCGCAGACGUCUCUUUGAAACAGCCUCUAAAUGUUCAAGUAUAUUCGUUGAAAUAUGGAAGAAGCUCAGCAGAAUCAAAACGAAAACCAACAAGACAGUGCCCCUCGGGUUACAGAUAUCCAAGAAAAUAAAUGCAGCAGUCCUAGGACAGGUAAAGGCGAGAAGGAAAAUGAAAAGAAGAAGAAACCAAGAAAGAGGAAGAGAUCUGCAAAACAGAUAGAGAGAUGGGACAGAUAUAGAGAAAAUAAAUAUAGAAAUUAUAUGCACGAUGCUGUCAAUGGCCAUGCUGACCCAGCUAAAUGUGCAUCAUAUGCAAUGCCAUAUAUUUAUCCAUUAAUAUGGCCUGUAAUUAGGCCAGCUGACUUACCGAUUUCCCGUGGCGUCUCAUACGCAGACACUCGCUAUGAAAGGCAUGUCCCAAAUAUGCAAGCUUCGGGAGUUCCGCAACACUCGAAGUCAGUUUUGUCAGUCAAUGACCCUAAGCAACAAUUUGAUACGUCUGUUCGUGUAGGGGUCUCGGAUACCCCGAAAGAUGGUUUAAUCCCGAAAGCUUCUACUGUAUCAAAAACAACCCCAGAAAUAUUUUCCAGUUUGAGAGCAGACGCGGAAGUUUUUGUUCCUGGUACGGCUGCAGGAUGCCUUGAUCAACUUGUUCCCAACAUCAACAUCCCUGCUACAGAACGAGUUGGUCAUCCAGGAGAUACAAGGUUGCAGAAGAUUGACCCUCAACCAAAAGCCGACGCGGACGUGUUUGUUCCCGCUGGAAAAGCAGGACCGCUAGAUGAAAUACCUAAGGUGUUUGAAACACCAGCCGAAGUAGGCCUAUGUGAGACACCACUGCCUUUACCAGAAACACGUCUACGUAAUACUGAUGUUCCUACUAAACUCAAAACCGAUCACGACAUCCACGAUGAAGACAUGUUCGGAAUCCUGUCGGUCUAUGCUGACAGCAGUCUUCACAACGAGUUUGAUAAGAUGCUGUGCAGCAACACAACGAAAGAAGACUUUGGUUACGUCUAUUUUUCUAUUUUAAAUCUGUAAAAUUGUAAAACAAAUGUAUAAUGAAAUUCAUUUUAUACUUAACAUCUUAUUUCUUUGAUAAUAAUCAUGCUGACCAGACUCAUAAAACAAACUACAACACAAUGUUACUUCCCUUUAUUGGUAUUGUAGGUCGUUACAAUAUUCCUGCGCGGAGGUUAAAAGAUACCAUUAAAAGGACCUAUUAGAUUUUGACAAAUUGUCCAAAAAUUAAGAAAAAACAAUAGGAUCAAAGUUGCCCUGUAUCGCCCAUCUG